AUGCCAGAACCGUACUGGCUACCCCGCAGGAAACAUCAAGCCAGACAAAGUGUGGUGGCCAAUUUCCACCCAUUAUUUUCCAGUUCCUUCUUCCUCUACAACAAGGAACAAGGAUGGGUUUCAAGAACGAUCCUCCCCACUGAGAGCGAGGUGGCGUUCACAGAGGUCCCGGUCACAUCAAUCCCCCCCACAGAGAGAGAGGUCCCGUUCCCGUCAAUCUCCCCCACAGAGAGAGAGAUCGGGAAGAAAUUUGUCUCCCCAAUUUCCAAUGUCCACAGCAAGUAA